AUGACCUUGGAGCCGCCACCGACCUACUCGCAACAAGUGCCCGGUCUCGACGGUCCACCUGACGAUGGAACCCGAGCCAUCGAGGCCCAAAUUCUGAUCGUCCCGACGGCGAAUGCGAUCAGCUUCCAGACAGGAUAUCUGGGCGCGGAGGGGGAGCGCGCGGCGAUCGAAGGAGAGUUGCAGCUGAAAUGCGCCGACAACUUCGAAUGGGACAAAGUGACCAUGUCUCUACGUACCGUGGAAUCGGCUUAUGGCGCGGACAUCGAGCUGGCCAAUACCGAGGUCGUGCUUUUCCCUGGAUCCAGAGAACACGCCUCCCGCUCGAGCUUUCCGUUCUCUAUCCCUCUGCCCCCAGAUACUCCUCAGUGCAUACACGCAACCUACUCUUCAGUCACCCAUACCCUGUCUGCGGUGGUAUCUCUCGGCGACUCUCCCAUCCUCUCCAGAUCUCUCACCGUCCAUACCCGACAAUACACCGCCCAUCCAUAUACCUUGGAUAGCGCUCCUGAGACAAGAGUACUGGAAGAUCCCACUCGUAUUGAAGUCCAGGUUCCUCGGACGACGUUCACGGUCGGCGAGCCCAUACCUAUCUAUAUCACCGUACCUGCACCCGACAGGGAACUGGUCGUCGAGCAAGGGCUGCGGCUCCGUAACAUCCGGGCGGAACUAGUUCGACUCAUCAAGGUCGACAGAAGCGAUGGUCAAGACGAUGAUAUUGAGAUCAGUUCCGACUACGACUUUGAACUACUGUCUGUUCCAGCCAGUGACGAGGCGGACGACGCUGGACCUUCCCCAUCUCUCCCUGCGCAAAAGGGGUCUGACCCUUCAUCCUCCGGGGAAGGCGUGGACUUCAGGACGUUCACAGGAGUGCAUGGAGAGAAGAAGGUGGUAGCUUUAUCCGGUGCAUCCUGUCGGUUACAUCCAACUCGUCCCAUACGCAUUCGCCUAGUUCUCCAUAGGCCAUCGGAUUCACCUAUCGCUCUGUCAAGUGAGAAUUUGCCAGCAGCAGAUCAAUACACUGCGGAUACCGCGCUGGACUGCGCUUCUAUUUCGCAGACCACCAUACUACACCGAGUAUCGUUCAUGCUGCGUGCUCGUGUCACCUUCAUGAACAUGGCCAACCACACAGAACGUGUCUCCAUUGUGUCUAUUCCCAUCAUAAUGCUUCCUCCCGCUGCUCCCCUUCCCGAGGUCGAGCAGUCGAUGGAUGCUGCUUACCACAAGAAACACGAUCGACCGCCUGCUAGGACCGUUAGGAUGGAAGACACGGAUGCGCCACACUAUGACGACACGGAGGCAGGACCUAGUUUCUUAGGUGGUGCGCCUCCUCCGUUUGAAGAACGGGAAGCACCCCCACCAUUUUCCUCUGCAGGACCUGAAGCCUCGACGUCAUCCAGAUUGCCCACCUUCUUAGAAUCCGAGACGGAUAUAUAUGUUCCUUCAAGUGAGGAUCCCUCAAUUGCCCCUCCACCACCGCACAUCCCCGAGCUGGAAAUCGAAGGCGAAGGGACGCUUUUCGGCUUCGCAGUCUCGGAGCAGUUCGACGGCUAUGCAGAAGAUUUAAAUCGCUCAUAUACUCCGCCCCCAACCCUCGAAAUGGCUUCGAGGGAUGCUAAUGUGACCGGGUUGGCUCAUUACGAUGACGGCGUCACGAUUCAGGCGUUGGGACUCGCCCUUGAGCAGCAUGAUGAUGCGACAGGAAGUCAAUUUCCCCCUCCACCACCGCCAAUGGAUGAUCCUUCAGAUCCUCCGCCAUGUAUUGACUCCGCCUUCAGGUCUCCGGGAGACACUCGUCAAGGACCGCCCCCUCAUCCUCUAACUCAGCCUCUUGUCCUCACUACGUCUCGGGUGACCGACGAUGCGGCGCAUUCCUCACCUUCCGAUGCUCAAACAGAAUCGCAUGGACAUGCCCCACCUCCUUACCGCACACCUGAUAAUGGAGUUGAUCACGAGCACGAGCAUGUUGUUCGACCCCCUCCAUACGUUGACCUAAUACCGCAUCCUCACCACGCAUAG